AUGGGUUCAGGAAGAGGCUCGUCAGGCCCAUCGAUUUCCCUCAAAACAUCCAACAAGCUAAAGCGAAAACAGCUGUACGUCCAACAAAAGAAAGCGACCGGCAAGGCACGCCAUGAAGAACGACACCGACGGCGCAGGGAAGAGGCGAAAGACCCAGAGCUGAGACGACAACGACUCGAGAAGAACCAGCCCACGAGCAUUGACAAGAAGAGAGUAUGGGACGAUGCCGAUGACGAUAGCCUUGGCGCGGUGGUGGAUGUCGCCCAAUUGAAGCGGCGCAGGCUGGAGGAGGCCGAAGCUGCAGCCGCGGCAGAAGCGGACGGUGUGGUUGGAGGCGAUGAGGAACAGGACGACGUCGACAGCAUGCUGGGAUCCGAUGAUGAGGCGGCUGGGUCUGGCGACGAAGAAGAGAAGAUGGAACAACAACGGAAGCGAGCACAGAGGCAACCAAGCAUUGCCCCUUCGACAGUAUCGACCAACCUCGACAUCACACCGGACGCUCUGGCUGCGCAGUUCAAAUAUCUAUUUAGCGAAGAACCACCGACAAUGCCGAAGAUUCUCGUGACUACCGGGAUCAACGGCACCAUUCACAAGGAGGCGCAGGAAAUUGCAGCGUGUCUCCCGAACGCUACUUACAUCCCGCGGAGUUCUCAUCGAUACGGACACAAAUACAGCGUCAGAGAGAUUGCGAAGUUUGCAACGAAUCGGGGUUACACAGCACUGCUGGUGGUUCACGAAGACCUCAAGCGUCCAAACCAGCUCAGUGUAUGCCAUUUGAAUGGCGAGGACGCUCCCCCAGGCCCUACGCUCACCUACACCAUCCGUAAUUACCAUCCUGGGAAAGCCAUUGUCGGGCAUGGAAAUGCUACGAAUCACUAUCCGGAACUCCUACUCAAUGGCUUCAAAACACCAUUAGGUCUCCUUGCAGCCAAGUCUAUGCACACCCUUUUCCCUCCGAAACCCGAGUUGGCGGGACGGCAGGUUUUGACCUUGCACAACCAGCGUGAUUACAUCUUCUUCCGUCGCCACCGUUACAUCUUUCGGGAAGCAAGGGCAACGGAGAAGAAUGUGCAGGGGGCAGAUGGUAAGGAGAUGGACGGAGUGAAAGGGAUUCGUGCCGGGUUGCAGGAGAUUGGGCCAAGGAUGACCCUCAAGCUUCGCAGAGUCGACAAGGGGAUCGGCAGGGCUGGGAGCGAGGGCGAGGAUGCUCUUAAGUGGGAAUGGAAGGCCAAGAUGGAGAAGACGCGGACGCGUUUCAACCUGUAA